CUCCUGUUCCGACCCCACCCACAGGGCCCUUCUUCCCCAUCUGCCCGGCCCGUACUCCAUCCCAGACCUCUCGCACCUCUGCCUCUCCCGCGCCUCCUCCGCCCCUCGCUCCCGCCCGGCUCAGACCGUUUUGGGCGCUCCGGCAGAAUCAGCCGCACGCUAGGGGCAUGCGCUCCAUGAGGGCUCUGCAGAAAGCGCUGAGCAAAACCGGCAGUCGGUGCCGGCGGGGAGGCUGGGGUCACCUAAGCCGGAGCCCUCUCCUUGGCGGGGGCGUCCGGCACCACUUCAGUGAGGCCGCGGCGCAUGGCAGGGAGCCGCCGCACAGCUGCCAGCCGCAACGCCAGGAUCAUGAUGCAUCCGAGAGUGGCAUGCUGUCCCGCCUGGGUGAUCUGCUCUUCUACACCAUUGCCGAGGGACAGGAACGAAUCCCUAUCCACAAGUUCACGACUGCACUGAAGGCCACUGGAUUGCAGACAUCAGAUCCCCGGCUCCGGGACUGCAUGAGCCAGAUGCGCCGGAUGGUCCGGGAGUCCAGCAGUGGUGGCCUCUUGGAUCGAGAUCUCUUCCAAAAGUGUGUGAGCAGCAACAUUGUGCUCCUGACCCAGGCAUUCCGAAAGAAGUUUGUCAUUCCUGAUUUUGAGGAGUUCACGGGCCAUGUGGAUCGUAUCUUUGAGGAUGCCAAAGCGCUCACUGGAGGCAAAGUGGCAGCCUACAUCCCUCAGCUGGCCAAGUCAAAUCCAGACCUGUGGGGCGUCUCCCUGUGCACCGUGGAUGGUCAGCGGCACUCUGUGGGCCACACAAAGAUCCCCUUCUGCCUGCAGUCCUGUGUGAAGCCCCUCACCUACGCCAUCGCCAUCAGCACUCUGGGCACCGACUAUGUGCACAAAUUUGUGGGCAAGGAGCCCAGUGGCCUGCGCUACAACAAGCUCUCCCUCAAUGAGGAAGGAAUCCCCCACAACCCCAUGGUCAAUGCUGGUGCCAUUGUCGUCAGUUCCCUGAUCAAGAUGGACUGUAACAAGGCGGAAAAGUUUGACUUUGUGUUGCAGUAUCUAAACAAAAUGGCUGGGAAUGAAUUCAUGGGUUUCAGCAAUGCCACGUUUCAGUCAGAGAAGGAGACAGGGGACCGGAAUUAUGCCAUCGGCUAUUAUCUCAAGGAGAAGAAGUGCUUUCCUAAAGGGGUGGAUAUGAUGGCCGCCCUUGACCUCUACUUCCAGUUGUGCUCCGUGGAGGUCACUUGUGAAUCCGGCAGUGUCAUGGCAGCCACUCUGGCCAAUGGUGGGAUCUGCCCCAUUACUGGCGAGAGCGUGCUGAGCGCUGAAGCAGUGCGCAACACCCUCAGCCUGAUGCAUUCCUGUGGCAUGUAUGACUUCUCGGGCCAGUUUGCCUUCCACGUGGGCCUGCCAGCCAAAUCAGCUGUGUCGGGCGCCAUCCUCCUGGUGGUACCCAAUGUCAUGGGAAUGAUGUGUCUGUCACCUCCGUUGGACAAGCUUGGGAACAGCCACAGGGGCAUCAACUUCUGCCAGAAGCUGGUGUCUCUCUUCAAUUUCCACAACUAUGACAACCUGCGGCACUGUGCCCGGAAGCUGGACCCGCGGCGUGAAGGGGGAGAGGUUCGGAACAAGACUGUGGUGAACCUCUUAUUUGCAGCCUAUAGUGGAGAUGUGUCAGCUCUGCGAAGAUUUGCCUUGUCAGCCAUGAACAUGGAGCAGAAAGACUACGACUCACGCACAGCUCUGCACGUCGCUGCAGCUGAAGGACACACUGAAGUGGUUAAGUUCCUGAUCGAGGCUUGCAAAGUGAAUCCCUUUGUCAAGGACAGGUGGGGCAACAUUCCCCUGGACGAUGCUGUGCAGUUCAACCACCUGGAGGUGGUCAAGCUGCUUCAAGAUUACCAGGACUCCUACGUGCUCUCUGAAACCCAGGCUGAGGCUGCAGCCGAGGAUCUAUCCAAAGAAAACUUGGAGAGCAUGGUGUGAUGUCCAGGUCAUGGACCAUCCCCGCUUCACAAAAAUGUGAUGAGCAUUUUACCUGAUACAUUUAACCUGUAACAACCACCCAAAAAUGCUAUGGAGAGCUACCGUGCUUCGGCAACAUCAGAGAAUUCACUUGGUCAGAGUCCAGUGCUUUCUGUGAGCAUCACAAAGCUCCAUUCCUCUUUGCAGAUGAGAACAGAAAACAGUCUCAGUG